UUACGGUCUUCCGAACGUCGUUGUUCAUCGUUGUGCUCACAGACGGUAGAGAUCCAUAAAAUGUCAUAACAAAUUCACUUAUAACAACGGAUCUUUGAUGUUUCUCCUUAAUACUGUUUAUUCUAUCGAAGGCAUAUCAUUUAGAAUUUUGUGUUUUUUUUCGCGUCUAAGUUAUUUAAAAGCCGUCCUUUUUAUACUUGUCUAUGCGAUAUUAUUAUUCGUGUGAUUUAGUAGAAACAGAUACGCGCGCGCACACAGAGAAAGAGAGAAAGAUACACACACACACACACACACACACUUUUCUUUUAUUUUCUUUUCUUUUCUUUUUUUCCAUCAGUAAUUUAGCCGUAAACGCUCUUGUUCUUAUCAAUGUGUUAAGUGACAGCAAUGAAGUUGAUGCAUAUUUUUACCUCAGCAUUAUCCCACGUAGCGUAAAAUGAGGGGAAACAAUACGAGCCAAUACAACGACGACGAUUUCUUCAGCGACGGUGGCCCUUGCCCACCUUGUCGACUUGCGAUUAACGAGGAAACCGGUAGACUAAAAUGGUGCACAGAAGGCGACGAUACUUGGCGAUUUCGCGUCAGACUAAUGCUACUGAUUCCUGCGGUUUUAUUGCCAAUCACUAUAAUUUUCAUUGCUUUAUCGCGAUCGCAAAUCACCGAUAAAUUACCCCAUCGUCGUACAUUUAGCGCUAUUCGCAAUUCUCAAGAACAAACUAAGAAUAAUUUCGUUGAAAAUUAUAAUACCUUGCUCCGAUCAUCCGAGAGCAAAGAAAUACAGCACUCUGUCGAUGGGAAUGAAGAUGAAGAUGAAAUUCGUAUCUCCGAAAUUCAAACAAGUUACGUACCGCCAAACGUUCAUUUUUUAAUACAAUCCUCGAAACGACGGAAGAGGCAUACGGAUGCGGAAACAACGGUCGAAAAAAGGAACGAUUACAGCGGUAUCAAAUCGAUCGACGAAAUACGCGACAAAAUUCUGCCUAAGGAGAAAGUAGUCAUAGCUAGUGGCGUCACUCAGAAAACGACUACAGGUACGUCGAACGACGAAACGGAUUAUUUUCUACUCGAUUAUAAUCCAGAAUUAGAAUUCGAUGAGCCCUACGCAUACAGCGAUAUACAGGAUUACGAAGACUACUCGAAGUUGGUACUCCCUUUUCUCAUUUUCAUCCUACGUUCACGUAGCGUUUCUAAUCGCAUUCUGCGUUCUUCGUUCUUCGUUCUUCGUUCUUCGUUCUGCAUUCUGCGUUCUACGCGUAGAGAGGUAAAGACGGAGCACAUGGUUACGGAAGAAAAAGAGCAAUUAGAUUUUGGGCCAUUGAAUCAAAGAUAUCGAAACGUUAAGGAUAAGACGAAUGAACGAUCGCAAGACCGGCUAAUUGAUCAUACCGAGCGGAUUAGCACUUAUUCCGUUUCCAUUGGCAACGCCUACGGACGAUGGCCUGUACCCGAUCACCAGGAUAAAGACGCCCCAGCAUCGGCUUUCCAUGCAUUUUGGAAAGACGAAGGAAACGCGAAAAGCAUCAGAGAGGCUCAAGCAAGGAUAAUGUUAGAAUACAUGGAUAAGACUGCCAAUCCGUGUCAAGAUUUUUAUCAGUAUGCUUGUGGAAACUGGGAGAAACGUAAUCCCAUUCCAAAGGAUAAGGCGGCCUACGACACCUUCGAGAUGUUAAGAGAAUCAUUAGAUAUUGUUUUGAAAGAAUUAUUGGAGGAUAAAGUUCCGCAUAACGUCAGAUUAAAUACUGACGACGCAACGGUCAAAGCGAAGUAUCAUUUUCAGAGUUGUAUGAAUUACGAGAUCUUGGAGCAACGUAUGGAACAGCCGGUGCUAAAACUUUUAGAGGAACUCGGCGGGUGGCCAAUUUUAAAGUCCGAUUGGAAUGCCGAUAAGUUCGACUGGUUGCUUUUGGUCGCACAGUUGCGUCUGUAUAAUAAUAAUAUCCUUAUUUCCGAAUGGGUUGGACCGGACAUUAAAAAUAGUGACCAAUAUGUUAUACAAUUCGAUCAAACGUCCCUUGGUCUCCCUACAAGAGACUAUUUUCUUCAGCCAUCUAAUAUGAUUUAUCUGAACGCAUAUAAAGAUUAUUUCAUUAAAAUAGUAACCCUUCUUGGUGCUUCUUUGCAAAAUGCCACAGUUCAUGCAAAUCAACUGAUAGAAUUCGAAACGAAGCUCGCGAAGAUAACAUUUUCACCCGACGAAAGACGGAACAUUUCAGAACUUUAUCAGAAAAUGAGCAUUGGUGAAUUGUGUUCGAUUGUGCCUCAAAUCGAUUGGCGUAAAUACCUUUCGAUCGUUUUAGCACGUCCCGUAAAUAGUUCUGAACCGGUUGUCGUAUUUGCCCUACAAUAUAUUCAAGAUUUGGUAAAUUUACUCUCAAAAACUGAACCCAGAACUAUAGCAAAUUAUCUUUUAUGGAGAUUCGUACGUCACAGAGUGAACAAUUUAGAUGAUCGAUUUCAAGAAGCUAAACAAAAGUUUUAUUACAUUCUCUUUGGGAUAGAACAAGCCCCUCCUAGAUGGAAGAAUUGUGUAUCACAGGUCAAUGCCAAUAUGGGUAUAGCCGUUGGUUCCAUGUUCGUUCGAAAAUAUUUUGAUGAAAAGAGUAAGAAUGAUACGCUAUCCAUGACACGAGAGAUACAAGAAUCAUUUAGGACAUUAUUGAAUCAAACUACUUGGAUUGACAACGAGACGAAACGAUUAGCCAGCGAAAAAGUAAAUGCUAUGCUUUUAAGAAUCGGCUAUCCCGACUUUAUCCUACAGCCACAUUUAUUAAAUGAACGUUAUAAGGAUGUCGUAAUCCAUCCGGAUAAAUACUUUGAGAAUACGUUAAAUAUUUUACAACAUUUGACAAGAGUGGAACAAGAUCGUCUUGGUAGUUCGGUUAAUAAGACUUUGUGGAAUACCGCGCCUGCAGUUGUCAACGCUUAUUACAGUCGCUACAAAAAUCAGAUAAUGUUUCCAGCGGGCAUACUACAACCGCCCUUUUAUCACAGAUACUUUCCAAAGAGCUUGAAUUAUGGAGGCAUCGGUGUAGUGAUCGGUCAUGAAAUUACCCAUGGUUUCGACGAUAAGGGUAGAUUGUUCGAUAAGAAUGGCAAUCUACACAGAUGGUGGAAAAACGAAGAUAUCAAUGGCUUCCAUGAAAGAGCAAAAUGUCUUAUUGGUAAAAAAUUCAUUGGUAUCGCAUCAGUAUAUAUAGUCUGUCUUGAAUAUACUUCAUUAUCGAUAAAAAAGUUCAGCUAUAUUUUAGACCAAUAUAGCCGCUAUACAGUAACCGAAGUUGGCGCACAAAUCAACGGUAUAAAUACACAAGGAGAGAAUAUCGCUGAUAAUGGAGGCAUCAAACAAGCAUUUAAAGCUUAUGAAAGAUGGUUGUAUAUAAAUGGCGAUAAGGACGAGACUCUGCCUGGUAUUGGCGCAACCGGAAGGCAAUUGUUCUUUUUGAAUUUCGCUCAAGUUUGGUGUGGUUCAAUGCGACCAGAAGCUGCUAAAAAUAAAUUAAGAAUUGCUGUUCAUGCUCCUGGAAAAUUCCGCGUGAUCGGUACGCUGUCGAAUUCAAAGGCUUUCGCGGAUGUCUUUCAUUGUCCCCUUGGUACACCUAUGAAUCCUAUUAACAAAUGCUCAGUUUGGUAACAUAGCCGUAGAUAAUUAUAAAAAAUAUCCUUUCAAAAUAGAUCACACGCUCACACACACACGCACGCGCACACACACACACACACACACACACGCUCACACACAUAUAUAUAUAUAUAUAUAUAUAUAUAUAUAUAUAUAUAUAUAUUGCCUUCAUCAAGUAUAAUUUUGCAAUAAAGGUUAUCCUUCGUUCAAUAGAAUAUAUUUUUAACUCGAUUUAUCUAAGAAACCGAAUGAAUGUAAAAUUAAAGGAAAAGUAAAACAAGAACAGAAGAAAGAAUAUAAAAAAGCUUUGUUUCAAAUUUCAAAUUGUAAAAGCAAGAAAAUCGUAAGUCAAGUUUAUGCCUUGAACAGUGCGUUCAUUAUUUUAUAUUUUGCCUUCUUUAAUGUUUUGCCCUACUAAUGUUUACAAUUUUUUACGAAUAAUAAUGAAUUAUCAAAAAGACAUUCCAUGUCACCAAUGAAAUACAUUCUGUACACGUCGUUAAUGUUAAUUACUUUAUUACGUAAUACUCACAGCGGUUCAAAAACGCACGAGUUGUUUCCACGCAAGUUAUACACAUAAAGAAUUUUCGGUAAAAACAAUAAAAAAUGUAUAUACAUUCCUUUAUAAAUAAAUAUAAUAUGUAUAUCUA